GCAGAGAGAGGAGAGAGAGAAGAGAGAGAGGGAGAAGGAAGAGAGAAGACAGCGCGAGAGGUGCGCAUCGCACUCCUGCCUACACACACACUCACAAAACCGUGGCCCGAUUACAAAUUCUAUUUUGGGUGUCGAAUGACGACACUACGCCUCGCGCUGUUUGUGUCUUGUUUACUACGAACAGAGUUGCCGGUCCUAGCAGCUAAUCAUAAACAUUUUAGCGACAAUCCAGCAACUUCUCGACUUAACCUUUGACCUACGGCACAAGGCAAUGAGUGAACUAGAAAUCUAUCUCUACAUUUGGUGAACAUACCAGCAGACACGGCAGUAUUACUUAAUAGGUAUUGGUGUUCCACACUUCUUCUGAUGUACUGAUCGCGAUACUCACAUUGAUGGAGUUUAUAUUCACACAUUAAUUUAUGGGAUUUAUAUCUACACUUCGGAGUCAAUCAACAUAUCAAUAUAUAAUUUCUGCAAUACAAAAUCUCUCUUCAAAUCGACCCACGCAAUUUACUCGUGUAUUCAUUCAUUAACAGGUACUCCUACCUCAUAUGGUAAUCACAUAACCAUGAUGGUAUUCGAUCAGGCUAUGCAACACAAGUUCUCAAACACAUGGAAGAGUUCCUGUGAAACUGACUACUCAUCUAUGGCAGAGGAUGAUCUCAGCGCCAACACAAAGUCUAUGACUACCAAAAGCAUGGUGAAUAGCAUACUCAGACACGGGGACAGGUACGAGGAACGGAUUAACGGUGGCAGCAUGAAGAUCCAGGACAUUAAGUCCGAGAAAGACAAUGUGGACAUGAAGACAUGCAUUUCGUCCGUGGACAACGACCAGGACAGUCCCCUGGAUUUUUCAGUGAAGCGCAGGUCAUCGUUUUCGGGCAGUUUGUCCGAUGAUUCCAGAACGUCGUCCAGCCCUGGCCAUGCCACAGACUAUCAUGCUUCCUCAUCACCCACAAACAACUACCACCACCACCACCUCGAGAAGCGCGAGACUCCCAGCCCAGAGGGAGAUGAGCAACUGAACAAUAUGGACCACCCCCACCACCUCCCAUCAGGCAUCUCCCCUCUCUCAAUGUUUUCAAAUUUGCCUUUGGGCCUCCUGGAUAACACCUCUGUUCUAAACACCAUUUCUCAGGCUUACUUGGACCCUAAGAAUAAAAAAAAUAGCCGCCCUUUCAAGGCGUAUCCUAAAGAAGCUCUGCAAAUGCCCUUAGGGUUUUUCGGCAUUCCAGGCCUACCCCAAACAUCUCUGCCUCACGGAGCCGACUCUGGGCUAUUUGCUGGCCUAAAUAGUGACGAGCUGUUAAAACUUUAUAACCAACAAGUUCACAUGUUGAGUAUGAGGGAAAAGUCUUUACAGUCUUCCACAUCCCCCAACGGGAAAUCAUCUCCACAUCUUCAAGCGUCCAGCUACAACCAUUCUUCAAAUCUUUCUCAGUCAGUACCAACGUCAAUGUCUCAUAAUGCUACGAGCUCCUCACUGCCACCUGUCGCCUCUUCCGAUCUUUUGAGAUCCAGCAUUAUGUCCACGUCUCCGUUUCCUUCGCCAGUCGCGUCCAUGAACAACGCCACGGUGGUGUCCAGCACGUCCUCUUCCUCCCUGUCUCACCACUCAUCCAGCACCACAUCGCGCAAGAGGCCUCGCUCGUUGCCAGAUGAACAGAAGGACGCCGCUUACUGGGAGAGGAGAAGAAAAAACAACGACGCCGCCAAGAGGUCACGUGACGCCAGGCGUGCCAAGGAGGACGAGAUCGCCAUCAGAGCGGCAUUGCUGGAGCAGGAGAACUUGAAGCUUCGCAUGGAAGUGGCUGCACUGAAAACAGAAACAGCGAGACUGAGAUGUCUACUCUGCAGCAGUUGAGCACUCACGCAGCCUGUGUCUUCGCCAGUUUUGUAGAUCUCUUCUACAUCUGCGUCUCUGCUAAAGACUUCACUUUGCAUUCUAGCAGCGGAAUGAAGUAGCAUUGUGUAGGACGCUUUACAAGUCGGACAGCUAUUUUAUUGCGCAUCGUUUCAACUUGAUUUGUUCUAGGCUAAAACAGCGAUGUUUUGUCUGGACUUUAUAUUCCAAUAUUUAUUUUUCAACAAGUUGUGACCGCAAUAAAACCGCUUUUCUACCUUGAUCAGAAGACAAACUGAGGUAGGCUUUAUAAGAGGAUCUAAAACUUUCACGGAUAUUUUGCCCGUAUCUGCCAUAGUUUCAGAGGACCAAUUUUUCGCAAGUAGACGUAUUUUCAGCAAGACAAUCUGAUAUACACAAAUAAAUACUGCUUAUCACACACAAACAAAUACAGCUUACCAAGACUAAUAAAUACAAGCUAUCUCAAGUUACGGACCAAAUGUAUUGGUAUAUCAAUGCCCAUUCUUUUUCGGGAGGGCUGAAAUGGUUUUUUGUUUUGUUUAAUUAGCUUUGUUUUUAUUGUUCAUCAUUAGAGCAUGUUAUACAACUGUGGUCAGAAGCAAUGUUCUAAGUGUGUGUGGUCAGAAGCAUGUUCUAAGUGUGUGUGGUCAGGAGCAUGUUCUAAGUGUGUGUGGUCAGGAAAAGUCUAGUAACAUAUACCUCUUUCAUGUCAGUGUGUCUGCUGUACAAUGUCAAAUACAAUAAGAUUAUUUUGUCCGAUAUGCCCUAUCAUGUUAUAUUUACAUGUACAAUAUUUCCUAUUUGGACAUUGAUAUGUUACUUUAGAGACCUUUGGCUUGAAAAUACAACUUUUUUUUUUAAAGAGAUGUUUUGUAUUAUAAAUAUUUUAUUUGUACUUCUGCUCAGGGUUUGUCAUUAAACUGCUGCUAUAUAUGACCUUGUCACACAAAAUAUAUACGAUUACAUAUAUUUAUAUAUAUAUUUUAAAAGUUAUAUUCUAUAAUUUUGAUAACACUUUUGAAGAUUCAUUAACUGACUUGAAUUGAUUCCAAUAUUCAUACAUUGGACUUCAGUUUAUUAAUACAUUGACUCAUGUGACUAAAAUGUUGAAACUUUAAUGUCACAAAAAUUGAAAUUUUCCGUAAAUUCUCAAUAGAAGAAAAAAAUAUUUAGUUGCAAUCAUUUUUUUUAAAUAUGCAAACUGCGUUGUACUAGUCUUUUGGAAUUGUUUAUUUCUUGUUACAUAUUUUCCUUUCCGAAAUUGUAUCUCAUUGAUUAUAUCUUGUUGUCUUUAAUAUUGGUCAAAUGAUACUCCUGCUGUUUGGACCAAGAAAACUACAACAUGUCUCCAAACUGCCACCCAGGUCUGGUGUACUCUGAUUGUGACAUGAUCGAGAAAUGUUUAUCAUUCGUAGGUUAAACUAUUUGUAAAGAAACGGAGCAGCUUCUGUAGCCAUAGAGUUUGUACAAAAUGUGUUGUUUUUUUUUUGGCUUGGAUGUAAGUAAUGUGAUGUAUUCUGCCACUUUCAAAAUAGUGUUGUUUUUUAUUUAAUUUAAUUUACAUUUUUUUUUGGGGGGGGGGAUUUCUAUUAUGCUAAUAAUUAUAUUCAAUAUAAACUAUUUUUUUUGCUCGAUAUAUAUUUAUAUUAUUUGUUGCUUCAUAAAUAUUUAUAACUUUAUGACUUUUAAGUAGCAUUUUUAUGUCUUCUUGAUUUGACGCUGCUAUGUUAUUGUGUCCCCUUUGUCUUUUGUUGCGUAUCUUCACUGUAAACUUGUCACUCGUAUCUUCACUUGUCACUCCACUCGUAUCAUUUGUUUUAUUAAUUAUUUUUAUUUUGAAUUGUGUUUUUUUUUAAAGGCGAGUAUUUCAAAAAACAAACAAAAAAAUAAGUUUUUCUUUUCCCAGUUCUUGACUUUGGUUCUCAAUAGACUUAAUGAAGUUUGUGAUGUGGAUUUGUACACAUUUCAUUUUUAUAUGAAAAAAUUGUAUAAAAAAAAACUAAUCUUUUGACUUUUUAAUUGUCAUGUUUCAAACCGUGGGGUAUAUUUUAAUUCUGCAAUGACUAUGAUACCACUCGUUGAUUGACAGGUGUAGUACUGUCUCCAGUAUAUGCUCGUUAUCUAAAGUGGAGCCUCAGAAUCUUGGGAAUCUAGUCCAGAGCUACCAGUUCUGUGACUUGACCAUGGGUCAGCUCAAUUUUGAAACCUACAUUAUGCAAAAUAUUUGUUUCCAAGAAAUGCUUGUCAGGAUCAGAGAAGACUUCAUCGCUAGAUGGCGUCUUGGGAAAGAGUUAAAAAAGGUCCAUGUACUCUGACAACUUAUUGGUACUCAGCCGCCAUAAAGUGUGGUCAUAGAUUGGUGUUAUAAAGUGUAGUCAGAGAUUGGUGUCAUAAAGUGUUCUCAGUUAAAACCCAAUACGAACACCAAUAGAAUUUUUUGUAUCAUUUAAAUAAAUAGCAUUUGUCUUUGUUCUGCGUUUCUUGUUACCCUAAAGAGUGUGAUUGUUUCAGUGAUGUGUGGCUCAAAGUCCUUUCGUGUGUUGCGUAUCUAAUGUCACAUGUGCUAAUAUAUAAAGCCAACUGUGUCAUGGGGAAUGUCAACUCCUAACAUGUUUAAAAACCCAACUCAGGAACCUUGUGCUAUUUAUCAAGAUGUAUUGAUUUAUACAUGUUUGAUUCCAUUUUAUUUUAUUUAAAUGUCAUGAUCUGUCAUCUGACAUAUUUGUCCAUAUCCAUUUGUCCUCUUUAAAAAGAGUAAAGAAAACUGCAUUUGUGUAUCUUUGAAUAUUGACAUACAUUACAUGAAUGGAUCUCAAACAGGGAUAUACCCAACACAAAGAUGUUGCAGAACUUUUGUGCGAGUUUGUUUUUUUAAAUAACUCGAGCUUCUACUCAAUUCCACCCCUAGUUCAACCAAGUCGAUCUAGGAUAUCUUUGCAUAGCUACAUAUAACUGCUGGUUUAUUAUUUUUAAACUAUGUCAUUUAUAAAUAUUUUAAUGCUUUUUUUUAAAAAUCAAUUUUUUAUAAUAAUAAUAAUAAUUAAAAGUCAUUUUUACUUUGCAUCAUAAUUUAUUAGCAUUAUACUGUCAUUAUAUUUUUUUAUGAAGUCCACCAUUGACUUAACGUUACAACGAUUAUCAUUGUAAUAUUAUUGUUUGUUUGUUUUUUGUUUUUUUU